AUGGCAUCCAAGAAGGAUGAUCUCGAUGAUCUCGACAUCAACAGCAGUGAUGAGGACUCAGUGAAGGCGAAGAAUCGAAUGUCACGUUUCUUGAGUGAGAAUCGGAAAGACGUAUUAAGUAGUGAUACCGACGAAGAGGAGGAAAUGCUGUUGAAAGACCCAAUUGCGCUCGCAAGAGCACGAGCCCACAACCAGCUGUCUCCUCAAGAGCUUGCACAAUGCUCACAGCUCUCCCGCCGAACUGACUAUGAUGCAGAUCCAUCGCAACAGUUGAUGUCGCAUUUGUCUCAGACCCAAGGAGUUUUUUCCCAAGGUUUUGCGUCCAUGCCUCCUGUCCCCGUCCCUGCACAAGCUACAGCACACGGCAACACUUUGACUCAAGCUCUUCGAACAGCUCCUCUUCCUUUCACCCCAGUCCUGGAUCAAGCUGUCAACCUUCGCAACUGGCAGAACCACAUUCUCCGAAUGUCUGCUGGAGCCUUGCCCCUCCCUCCUGGACAAUUGGAUAUGCUCCAGUCAUACGAGAAUCAGCGUGCUCUUAAGGAAGCAGCGGCAAGAAAGCAUCCGGAAACAGGAGGAAGAAAGCAACCACCACCUGUGCCAAACGUCCAAGCUACUGAGGAUGUCACUGCAGCACCAGCACCGGCAGCCAAGAAAGCCAGGUCACGAAAAGGCAAAGCAAAGGUCACCGAGGAAGAAAAGAAGAAGCAGUCUGAAGAUAGAGAAAAGGAGUUGAUUGAAGUUGCUGGGCUUAUUGAGAGCUGGAAUCGCGACUACCGUAACAACAUUGACUGUGUCGAAGAGGAAGACAUCAAGAGAAAGAAUGGAAGCAUCCAUCAAGUGGCAAAGUACUUUGUUGUGCGCAGAGGCACCCAGGAUGAAAAGAAAUAUGACAUGGCCAUUUGGUCCAAUUCGCAGCUACGAGCCUUUUGUCUCAAGUGUUCUAUCAAAGGUGGUGGCAACUUGAACAUGUACGAUUGCCGAAAGGAGAUUGCAAUGUGGAAGACUAUGGGUACCAUGUACAAAGCAACUGACAUACCAUGCCCGCAGACCACACUGCAACAGCAACGGCUUAAUACUCUCAUGCGGCUCGUCAAUGUGUGCUUCAACAAAAAGUUCGUGCAGAAAUUCAUUGACUUGAAUGAUGCAAAGAAGAGGAAACACUACGAAGAGGCUCACGGUGGUUCGCCCAUCAAGCACUUCUUUCAAGAGGUGUCCAGUUUCAUGAAUGACCCAUGCAACAACGCAGAGCUCAUGGUGUUGAUCCCUGAUGCCUUUGGCCAUAUUGAGGCAUUCGAAGAGAACGGUGAUUUCAACCUCUCUGACUACAACCAGCAAACAGAGAAGUUCUGUCACCAGCACAUGCGAGAUCUGAUGAAAGCGAGAGAGACCUGCAUGGCCAAAGGGAUGAAGGCUUCUGGUAGUCAUGAUUCUGAUUUCUGGAGCUUUGCCACCAAUAAAACCUUUACCAGAGUACGAAAGAAUGAGGCACCCCUGCCAGCCAAAGCAGUACUGUACGUGAACGUUCGGUGUACCGAGUACCCCGCCAUUGAUGGAAAGUUCUCUUCCAUGCUGCAAGAUUCUUUGAAGUCUGAUUCCGACAAAGCCAUGGAGGGUACGGCUGAUGCAGGUGAAAAGAAAAGCAGUGCCGCCAAGAGGGAAAAGGCAAUCAUGGAACGGUUCGACAAUGUACGUGAUGAGAUGAAAGAAGAACAACAAAAGACUUUCCAGCAACGUCAACAAUAUAUUGCCAUUCGAGAAGAAGAGAUGAAAGCUGAGCGCCGUAGCAAAGGAUGGGAUGAAUACCGGCAGCUUGGCCGUGAAUUUCUGCUCAUGACAGAAGCCGAAAACCCAGUCAAUGACCGAUACAAAGAGAACGUUGCAGCUCGUCUACGAGAGCUGGAAGCCUUUCUUGGGAUCAAGAAAAAGAAGACGAUGGUAAUUGAACUCAGCAGCGAUUCCUCAUCGGAAGACGACAACAACCACAACAACAACAGCAGCAGCAGUAGCAAGUGA